AGGUUAUUAGAUACUUUCGGUGCUCUUUCGACCAUUGUCUGCUCUCCACUGUUGGUCGUGUCUCGCACUUAAGCCCAUCAAGCAGUACCCCAGUACCAGCACCAGGCAGGUGUUACCGCGUCCGUCGCUGGAGUGUGUUGAUCUAUCAUCGGUCUUCGAUCGCCCUGUUGAAAAGUGAAAUUCCGCGAUUCCUAGGCAAAUGCUCGCACGAUGAACAUCUAAAUUAAACAAUUAUAUCCGCGAAACGUUUUCGAUCAUUACUGUCGAUCGUGCAUUGUACAGGAAGACGGAAAAGCAAGGGGUCAGACGAAAAAUAUAAUCAAAAUAGAAAAAGUUUAAUUGACUGUGUGAAUUCUGGUAGUUCGCAACAGUGGGUUGAAAAACUGAAGGAGUGUCCUGUUGAUAGGUAGCAACGAGGCAAGUAAGCGGUAUUCAGCAAGCGAGUGCAAAAGAGUGAUCUUGUGUUGGAAUUUCCACAAUCAAUGUGGAUAAAAAGAGAAACAUUCUUGAUCCGUAGUAGUAGUCGAACUCUCUGAAUUGUGUCACGAUCGUCUCGUUUGGUAUGACAUAUCCAUGACACUUCGAUCGCAAACGUAAGCAAGUAGAUCAACGAUUUCGAUUUUAAAAGCUGAUUUUCAUUCCGGAUCGUGUCUGAUUGUAUAAACAUAUUGUUUUGUUUAAAAACAAGAAAAAUAGAAAAGGUUAGUCACCCGUCAUCCCAACGAAGUCUUUUGUGCAACCCGUCAGACUAGUUUGUAGGGUAUUUGCCUGAUAAGUAUUGAUCAGCUGGCAUAAUGCCCGAAAGGCCUACGGCUUUUAUCACAGACAUCACAGCGUGGAACCAGGAUUGGAAAUAGUUUGUUUUUUAUUGCUCGAUAGAGGAGCUUGGACGUCAAAUUAACAAAGAACACGGUGCAGGCCGAAAUGAGUCUGAAAACACGAGGAAUUGUGUUCGCCACCUUUUUCGGUAGUUGCUUGAUAGUUGGCCUGCUGGUGGCAGCUCUCACUACCGAUAACUGGGUGCAGUCUAGUGCUAAACGGUUCAAUUCAACCGAGUCGCAGGGCCGCAUUCAUUUUGGACUAUUCAAUGGUCAAAGACAUCUUAACGUUGCCUUUGGUUGGCGUAGACAUGAUGUUAACGUUUUGGCGGUCAUUCAGGAUGAACCGGACGUGAUGAGUUACUGGCUAUGGCUAGGAACAACUGUUGGAGUCGGGCUCGGGGCGUUAAGCGGAGCGGUUGGCGCAAUAGCUUCCGUUUUGAAAUCAUCUUCCGCUUCAAAGAAAUCUGGCACGAUACUGGUUUUGUUCAUCAGCAAUGUCCUAUCCGGGCUGUCGCAAAUUCUAUCAUUCGUUUGUUGGUUGCUGCAAUUUGUUCAAUAUCUCAGACACAACGUCCUGAUUGAGGAAGACCGCAAAAACAAUUGGUAUAGCACGGGUUUGGCUACGCUGGGUGCAAGCUUCUAUUUUGUGGUAGCCGGUUUUGUGGUGGUGAUCAUAAACAUAGUGCUACUAACUGUGGCCGUAAAAAUGGAGAAACGGGAGCGGAACCAAAUGCUUGAGCCACCGACCGAUGAGAAGACGCAGGGUGCAAUCAUGCUAUACUAAGAGGCAGUAAGAAUCUCAUCGCACUACAUCUACCGAAACAACAUACUCAUCCGGUAUCCAGUUGUAAUUUUUUUUAGCAUAUACUGAGCAAAAAUGCACCUAUUGCACAAAAUAACUCAAGUUAGCCAUACUUUGGAACUAAAGAGAAUUUUUUUAAUAAUAUUUUUAAGGAACUUAAGAUUAAGUGAGUAUGAGGAUUUGUGAAUCAUGAAAGUAAUGUUUUUCUUUCAAAGCAAAGAAUUAAAAAAGUAAUAAAUUUUCUUCAGUACAUUUA